AUGCUGUACUUCGUGGCUGCGCGGGAAAUUCGAGUCGAGAGCAGCGGCUACCUCCAGCGCACGCACGAGUUCAUCCGCUUCUUGGGGGCGCGGGCGGAUGGCGAUUACUCGACGGCUAGCUCGAGCCCAUCGCCCACGGAACAGCAGCACCGGCGACUCAGCAGCGGAAGCAGCCUCAGCGUCUUUCCGGCGCCCCACGGUCAAGAGGAGCACAAGGCGUUCCACACGGGUGGCGUGGUUGUGCUAGGCGAGGCGCAAGUGCGCUGGUCCGACGUGUUUGGCCUCGAGGUGCUCAAGCGGGCGCUCAUGCUCAACGUGGUGUACCCCGUCAAGCACCCGGCGCUGUUCGAGAACGCCAAGCCACUCUCGAGCCUCAUGCUGUACGGUCCCACGGGCUGCGGCAAGUCGCACAUCGGUAAGGCCCUGGCCACUGAAUUUAACGACUCGACCUUUUUCUACGUCAUGUGCCAGCAUUUCGCCUCCAAGUGCCUGGUCGGUAACGAGAACCUCACCGUGAGGACGCUGUUCGAGAUGGUCCUCAACCACGCCCCGAGUGUGCUCUUCCUCGACGAGCUUGACGCGCUCAGCGGAAGCGGAGUGAGCGGCGAAAACUCGGGUUUUCUGUACAGAGUGAAGGCCGACUUCCUGAGCCUCUUGGAGGGGAUACUCUUCAAGCAGAAGGUCACCGUCAUCGGAGCCACCAAGUCGCCGUGGGCCGUGGACCCGGCGCUCGCGCGCGUCUUCCGGAAGUGGGUUUACGUUCCGCUACCGACAGACGACACCCGAGAACUGAUGCUGCUGAGUGGACUCAAGGAUGCUCGCAAUCAGAUGUUAGACUCAGACGUGUACUACCUCGUGCAGAAGACAGACGGGUACACGUGUGAGGAUCUCACAUUGCUUCAGAGGGAGGCCAAGCUGCAGGUCCGACAGAAGCUCAAGUCAGCGACUCACUUUGUCAAGGUCGAAGGGUACAGGCGGCCUGGAAGCGCGUCAAAGACCGGCGACUUUCUCACGCCAUGCUCGCCGGACACUCCAGGAGCGAUCAGAUUGUCCUGGAAGGACAUACCCAAGGAAGCCCUUUUAGAACCAGAACUGAGCUUGCAAGAUUUCGAGGCGGCGUUGCAGAAGUACCAUGCCUCGGUGACAUCCAGCGAGCUUGAAAAACUGGACGCGUUCAGAACAAACCAGGAGUCAAAUGUUCACACGGUUCUGCGGGUCGACAUGAGUGCUUUUAAUGUAGGCCACAUGGCUAACGAUGACGCUGAAGCUGUAGUGGAAAACUGACGCUAGGUUUUUGGUUUUCGUUAUCGACAGCCUCAAUAAAGCUCGCCCAGGAGCAAGCAACAACAAAAUGGGGUGCGCCAUGCUAGAA